CUAUAAAACUCAGAGAAAUUCAGGACAGAAUUGUACAGGACAACCUGGUAUUCCAGAAUGUGGACAGCAUCAGCCUGACUACCAUUGCUCGAACUUUGAAGAAACACAGAAUUGUAAUGAAACAGCUGUACACAGUUCCCUUUGAAAGAAACAGCGAGCGGGUCAUGGAACUCCGACAGCAGUAUGUCCAGAGAGUUAUGGAGUUGGAGGCUAAUCAGACACCACAUGAAUUUAUUUAUGUAGAUGAGGUAGGAUUUAACCUGGCCAAAACUCGUAGACGAGGAAGAAACGUAAUUGGGAAAAGGGCCACCACUGAUGUGCCAGGUCAGAGAGGAGCAAAUAUCACAAUGUGCGCUGCAAUCUCAAGUGCUGGUUUGGUCCUGCAGAAAAGCCAGAUAGGUCCCUACAACACAGAGCGCCUUCUUUUGUUUUUAGAUGACCUUCAUCAACAACUGGUGCCAGAAGCAGAAAGGGAACAAGUGGGAGGAAACAUGACAAUAUUUGUUAUUGCAUGGGACAACGUAGCAUUCCACCAUUCACAAGCAGUCACAAAUUGGUUUGCAGCCCAUCCGAGAAUGAUUUCACUUUUUCUUCCUCCAUACUCUCCAUUCCUUAACCCCAUUGAAGAAUUUUUGUCUGCGUGGAGGUGGAAAGUCUAUGAUCAUCGACCACAUGAUCAAAUGUCCCUUCUGGAUGCAAUGGAGGCUGGCUGCAGAGACAUCUCAGCUAAAGAUUGCCAGGAGUGGAUAAGGCAUUCUAAACGUUUCUUUCCAAGGUGCAUAGCAAGAGACAUUAUAAGGUGUGAUGUUGAUGAGAACAUAUGGCCAAAUGCUGAUGGUGAUUACUUUUUCACAUUUUGA